AUGUACAAACUAACACUUUCUAAUUCAACUCUUUCCUUUCAUAAAAAGAUCACAUCAAGCUUAAAUGAGUGCAAGAAGCCUAAAGAAACGGACCAUACGAUCGUAUCAUCUGAUAACCCUAAUCCAUUUGUAGAGACCCGAUCCACACCCAUCUUGUAUGCCAUUCCUUCUUCUUCUUCUUCCUCGGUUCAAAUCAAACCCAAGGAUAGUUUAUCGCUCUAUUCUGCCCACUCUUUCCCGCAUGGAUCGACCCGAAACCAUACAUUUCAGUUCGACACACCUGAGCCAUAUCCACCAAGAAAACCAGCCACACCUCUAUCUUUUCUUAAAAAGCACACAUUCAUACAAUACAAUCGCCGAUCAAGUACAACCAGUGUCAGUCUAAAAAGUGCAAAAAGAUCAUGGCGACAGAUGAAAUGGAUGCCAAAACAGACAUUACCUGAUUUUGAAACAAAGGCUUUCUGUCAGGGUUGCGAGAAAUAUAUUCAAACAAGGUUAAGGUAUCAAAAUGGAUCUAUGGUUUGGCUUAUGUCAUUUAUCUUGCUUUUAUGUACUGUAUUUUUAUUCUGGGUACCAUUUUAUGUCAAAUACUUUAAAGAUGUAGCACAUUACUGCCCGGGUUGUGGAAGGCGUCUUGGUGUAUCACGUCCUUUGUAA